AGAGGAAGUGGAAGCGCAACGUUCGGUCUCUCACUCUUCCCUUUCGAUCUUUGCGAGUUGGGACUUUGCGAGGAGAAAAUGGAGUCGGAGGAUGAAGAAGGCACUCAUCUCAGAGGCAUAUUAUGUCUGAAAACCAGACAAGACAUGAAGAGAAUCGAGGAAACAGAGGACUGUUUCAUUCUCGAUUUCGAUCCUUUUGAUUUCUUCGACGCUAAAAGGCUCUCCUUUUCCGGUGAUGAUAACGAGGGAGAUAAAGAUUUAGCCAUUAUCCAUGAAACAGGCCAGGUAGCUUGUAGAGAUUACCCACAUCCAAGACAUCUUUGCUUGAAUUUUCCCUUUGGAUCUACUCCUAAUCCAACCCAUUGUCAUCUGUGUUACUGUUAUGUCUGCGAUAAGCCUGCUCCUUGUGAACAGUGGGCUGUUUCAUCUUCGCAUUGCAAUGCUUGGGACUCUACUUUGUGGAAAUUGAUGAAGACAAACCAUAUCUGAUUACAUUUUUAAGGACUAGAGCUCUUCUUAUUGUAGUUAGUUUCUUCAUCUAUGACUAGACUAAUAGAUUGAUUUUUAGAUUUUGGAGAAGUAAAUGUGUUUGGGUUUUCAUUUAAUGACAUUUCCUCAAUGUGAUUUUGUUAAUGCCUUUGAAGUUGUGUUGCAACGAAAGUAAGCAUGAGCUUCUUGACAAGUA